AUGGAAAAGUCAAUAUCGUCUUCGUCUACUUUAAAAGUUACAUGCCUAGCAAACAAAACAUCUUUGUGGAAGAUAAGGAAGAUCUUAACAGAGAAAAGUGAAGGUUGGUUGGACUUUGAUAAUAACAGCGAUGUUGAGAAAUAUCUUUUUUCACAUUUGAGCAAGUCGAUGAUUAACGUAGUUAAGAAAGACCCUACAAAGAUAAAGAUCGAUGAUUACGAUACGGGGUACCAGCAGGAGGUAAUUUUCGGGUAUUAUAAUGAAACUGAAAUAUAUUAUCUUGGGGAAAUAUAGAGGUUAAAGGAGCUUGGUGUUGGAGAUGAAGUUGGAUUCUUCUACGAUCCCCUUGCAAAGAGCGUGUGUUUCUCUGUCUUGAAACAAGCAAAACCCUGA